UACAAUAGUCUUCGCGCAUGGUGCGAUAAUGAAUCGCGAUUGUCGAUAAGCUGAUAACAACGCAUACAGGCGCGAUUGCCUUCCUCCCUCCCGUUUAUCGCUUAAUUGACGCACUCGCGCGCAUCAAGAAAGUGUAAUGAACGCGCGCGAACCCUCGACCGAGCAAUUUCGACUCAUCAACAGGUCAACUCAAGCGACCCGAGGUGGCUGAAUGAGACCACAGUUAAAUGAAUUAAUUCAUUUGUGUUACCCGAUAGUGUGAGGUCUUUACGAGUAAUCAAGUAUGCUCAUUGAAUUAUAGUCCGAGGAAAACACGCUGUUACAUCACGUUAAUUACACGACGUUCUCUCUCGCAAACGACGCACCGCUAUUAUACAGAGUAGCGCUUUGUACAAAAUAAUUUAUUAAGGUAUCAUAUCAUUUGUUCAGACGUGAAUUAUAUGACGGAGCAAUUAAUGUUAAGAUGCAGUGGUUAGUCAUGAUAAUGUGCCUAUAUGCUGGAGUAGCUAGCGCACGUACAGAGGAGGAAGAUCAACAGCAGGCGUCGAAUGGAGUCUCAAGUUCUCUUCCAGAACGAUGUUUUUAUAGGCAGCCAAUAGACUGUCCUGAUAAAGCUAACUGCACGAGGAUCACACUUGUGAAUGAACCCAAUAGCGACGGUGCACUUUGCUGUAAUACAGAUAAACAGGCUUUAGAACAAGGUCUUCGUGAGAUAAAAUUUUAUCUUUCAAAUAUAACGCAUGUACAUAUACGUAAUGCAACUUUGGAUGUAUUUAACGCAAGCGAAACUCGUUGGAGGACACUGAAAUCUCUGGCCAUAACUGAUGGCAGAAUCAGAAAGGUACAUGGGCAAUUUCUCAUAAUGACGCCCACACAGUGCCUGAAUCUCUCUAAUAAUGCGCUCAUGGAAAUAGAAAAUAAUUCGCUGACACGAUUAGUGCAGCUCACCACUUUGGAUCUAUCUUAUAAUAAACUGACUCAUCUUCCAGCUUUGAAUACAAUGAAUGGUCGAGAAUUUUGGUUAGACAUUUCAGGAACAAAUACACUUUCGUGCCAUGAUGUAUAUCAAUAUAUCAAUAAAACGGGCGAAAAGCAAAUCACUUUUAAUCGCGAAAAUGAGACAGUGUGUUCUUCCUUGGCGACGUGGCAUUGGUUCAACACCACCGAACGCGUACCUCUUACGCAAGUGCUUUAUCUCAGUUCGUUGCAAACGGAAUGUCCAAAAGGUGAUACCUGGCAAUGUCAAUGUGAUAUUAAAAGACUGGAUAUUAUCGAGGGCAAGCCACCUACUCAUGCUGUAAAUGUUGACUGCAGUGGAAUGCAAUUGACAGAAUUACCUGAGAAAUUGCCACAAAAUACAAUAGCACUUAAUGUUUCCUAUAAUAAUAUCACUGUUCUAGAUGACCUGAGCACUAAUCCGUGUUACGAAGAUUUACGAGAGUUUUAUGCAGAUUACAAUAAUAUUUCUUCAAUAAACAAACUGGAGGGUUCAAAGUUUCUGGAUAAUUAUGCUUUGCUGAGCUUACGAUAUAAUAAAAUUAAAUCACUGCCAACAUACAUAUUAAGUCCAAGCGCACAUCAUAAGAAUUUCCUGAGUUCAAGAAACCUGGUUAGACUAGGAGGCAAUAAAUUGCAUUGCGACUGUAAUACUGCAAAGUAUUUAAAGGCCUGGUUGCAAACACGAAUAUUAGAUGCUGAUGAAGUAAUGUGUGAAAAUGUAAAGGAAAAAGUUAUUGAUCUAGAGCCAUCAAAGAUGUGUGUGUAUCCAGGAGACUGGACGGAUUAUAUAUAUUAUAUUAUUGCUACCGAGGUGAUACUUUUAAUAGGCUUGAUAGCCAAAGUGUCAUAUGAUUAUUGGGUAUUCAAGACAGCAGGAUAUCUUCCAUGGCCAGCGAAUAAAAUGCCAAAAUUACCAUGUGAUUGGCUGUUUGAAACGUAGAUAGUGUUAUAAUUACUAAUGAGAUGAUUUACUAACAUGCAAUGAAACGAAAAUCCAAUAAAAAAAAUAAGAUACUUU